UUAGUAAUCACAAUUUUUCUGUCUCUUUUCUGAAUUACAAGCCCAAGUGAGGGCUGUUGGAUUCAUUCUGCAUGGACCACAGCAUAGCCGGAGAUGAACGAUGAUCCAUAUCUUCAUUUUCUGCUAAACAGUUGGCGGAUUAGGGGGUUUAAUUCUUGAUUUUUUUAACAGAAGUGCCUUUUUUCGUUUUGACAACUGUCUGAAAUACGUUCCUUUAAGAACCUCCUACACGCCAAAUUCUGAUGGGACCCUCAAAUAGCUCUGGCAAAGCAUUCUGUUUCUUUUGGACUUGAUGAAUGCUUGUUUCUGUGCAGACGUGUAAUUAUUUCUUCUUCAUUUUGCUGCACAAGUUACCAGGAGAAGCAGCUUAAAACCAAAUAUUACCCGGAAAACCCCACCAGAAUGACCAGCAAUCAGACAGAUUGUCAUUACUGCCUGCAGUCUCUUCGUGGAAGGAAGUAUGCAUUAAGGGAAGAAAACGCUUACUGUGUCACAUGUUAUGACAGCCUGUUUGCCAACCCCUGUGAAGAGUGCAAGAAACCUAUUGAGUGUGAUUCUAAGGAUCUGGCCUACAAAGGCCGCCACUGGCAUGAGAGGUGCUUCAACUGUGCCAAAUGCAGUCGCUCUCUGGUGGAGAAACCAUUUGCUGCAAAGGAUGAGCUCUUGCUGUGUACUGAAUGCUACUCCACUGAGUAUUCAUCUAAGUGUUUCCACUGUCAGAAGACCAUUAUGCCUGGUUCGCGUAAGAUGGAAUUUAAGGGAAGUUCUUGGCAUGAAUCCUGUUUUGUUUGUCAGUAUUGCCGGCAACCACUGGGAACAAAACCAUUGAUCACCAAAGACAAUGAGAAUUACUGUGUGCCCUGUUUUGAGAAGCAAUUUGCUCACCGUUGCUACGCUUGCAAAAAGGUAAUAACUUCUGGGGGAGUGACCUACCAUGACCAGCCUUGGCAUAAAGAAUGCUUUGUCUGUGCUGGAUGUAAAACUCAGCUGUCCGGACAAAGGUUUAUUUCCAAAGAUGAGUAUCCAUACUGUGUAGACUGUUACAGCAAAUUUUAUGCUGAGAAGUGUGCUGCUUGCAAGAAACCUAUUACAGCUCUUGGAGGUGCCAAGUUUAUCUCAUUUGAAGAGCGCCAGUGGCAUGGGGAAUGCUUUAACUGUGCAAAAUGCUCUGUCUCGUUGGUGGGCGAAGAAUUCCUCACUAAGCAGGAUGAUGUCCUUUGUAAUGAAUGUGGCUCUGCUUCAUAGUUCUGUGGAGAGCUAUACAGAUGCAUUAUUCUCACUCUUUAAUCAUGUGCUUUGUUACUUGCAAUAAGAAAAUCAUCUAAACAACACACCACUUAUUUAGUCAUUCACAUAUUUUUCAAACAGCAGUUUAAUUCUAUCAUAGUUCUAAACUGUUUGUUAAAAAUAUAAUAAUAAUAAAUAGCCACAUACUGGCUAACUGCAGAAAAUAUUAGUAUAUAUUUAAAAUAUAACUACAGUAUGUUUUCCUUGUAACAUACUGCACUCUGCUGUUAGAAGCUUAAAAAUUUACAUUUCAUCUCCCAUUAACCAAGAAGUAUGAAAAGUCUAUAUGGCAUACAAGUAAUGAUGAGGCAUUAGCUCUCCUAACAAAGAGAACGUAGGUGUACACAAAGAAACACUAAGUCAGAGAAGUCAACUCUAGCGCCAGAUAAAGGGAUAAAAGUUUUCUUUUCUCUCCUUACUGAGAUUGCUUCUCAGAAAAAUAAGUUUCCCAUGACUUUAGUCAUCCAAAAGACUGAGUGAUGUGUCCUCUCCCAAAAGUGGUUAAUUUUACUUAGUUCUUUAGGUAUAAAUAUUUUAGAACAUAAAUAAAACCAUAUUUGUAAGAGGUAAGCAUUUCCCAAUAUUUGAUAGUGCUAAUGUACAGUUUUCCAUAGCUAAUACACCUCAAAACUCUGUCUCCAUUGUCUUCAUUGGACCUUCAAAUGCAUACUUAAAAUAUAUUUUUUAUUAGUAGAGACAAGAACCAACUCACAGUUGUCUGCUUACAGUUGUACUUUGCACUCUUCCUCCCCACAAAACCCAUUUGCCAGCAAUCAAGACACUUAAAGGCCUUGACAUUUCCACACUGCUGUCUUUUAUUCAGUCUGCUCCUUUUCUUGUAAAUGCAUGCUUGUCAGUAGCAGGCUAUAAGCUCUUCAGAGCCAAUACCUGAUUCAUUUUGUCAUGUGCCACGUGCAUUUGCCAAUAUUAUGUCAAGAAUUUGUAAUGUUGCCAUUGCAAGCUAGGCAGUCCUCGCUUGUAGUACAAGGUAUUCAUUUCUAGGUAGCUGGCUUUGAGAAGGUUAUACCUGCUUGCUGAGCUUCGUUGCUCAAUUGUCUGUUAUUAAAGGUCAUCUAGAACUGAGUUAUGAGCAUUUCUUCUCUUCCUUGUUUCACACUGUAUGUUACAACAGUCUGACUCAUGUUGCAGUAUCUGCCAGGCCAUGGUGAAUGGUGCAGUGGUUCUGCACCACUCAGCACUGUUUUAUUCCUCAUCUCACAUGUUUUAAAACCAUGCAUUCUCCUUUAGACCCUGAUGUUAAUUGCUUACAAUUUUUUGGCUGACUUGAGAGGGCUUUAUUCAUAUUGAAGACAGACACUACUUUAACUGUAAAAGGGAGGAAAAAAAGAGCAUGUAAGCAUAGGUAAGGCAGAGCUGAACUGCAGUGGCGUAAAAUCAAUAUGGAUAAUGACUGACCAACAAGUACAUAGCAGUCUGUUUUCCAGUCAAUAAAAUAUUGAUCUUUUGCUCUA